AUAAAUCGUCUGCUGAUCAAGAGCGGUGAAAACCGCACAGUACAUUAUUGCGCAUCAAAGGGGUCGACAUUUUAAAGGGGCCGUCCAACGUUUUGGCUUUGGAGUUCCAGUUUUUUUAGCACGGAUGUGGCACAACCUUCAUCCGAUGAACUGUAAUCCCCUGUUCUAACUCUGGCUGCCUGUCACUGGAUGCUUUCAAUUAUGUCUACAUGCUUUGCAAGAUGUGGGUCCAAUACUUCAGAGUACUAAGAAUGGAUAUUCUAUAUAUUGUAUAAGUCUUUGUUCGUGAUCAAACGAGGAUAGCGAAGUAAGACUGCUUUGGAAGACAUAAGACUGAACAAAUACGUGAAGGUAACGUUUUAAUUCACUUUCAAUCAGAGCAAUUCCGUUAGCUUGUUCCACGAGAGCAACAUGAAGAUGACCACACCGCAGCAGCGGGCGAUGCCCUGAUCAAGCUUCGACAUGUUCAGUGUUCCAAGUUAUAAGGAAUCAAUGUCGAUUAAGACGUCAAUUGCUGGCUGUUGUUGCCGUUCUCGUAUCUAUUACAAUCAUUCUUUGGUUGACGGUUUCAGGUUCAACGAAAGAUUCACGUGGGCCAGUCGUAUAUGAGGGCGAGCCAAUCAUUCAAAAGUCAUUCAAAAGUGCAAGCACCGAGGGAAAGCACAACGUCAUUUUGAGCGCUAACAUGAACAGCGGAUCCAGGUUUACCGGACGCUUUCUGGGCUUCGGACCGGACACGUUUUACUUUUACGAACCAUUAAGGAGAUUUGCUCCAUGGGACUACGUCACGUCCGGUAAUCAGCGAUGCAGCAGCGUCGAUGGUGAUUGUCGGAAAGCUACCAUAGAGGAGAUGAAUGUUUACCGUCCAAAUCCUAUGGAAAAGAUAACCGAGCCGAUUAUCUAUAAUGUUUCCAGUUCAAUGACACCGGUGAACCUCCUCGUGAGCGUGAUAUCCCGUAUAUUCUCGUGCGAUCUCGUCUCGAUCAGAAAUGCCAUUCAGGAUGGCAUCCACGACACUGCAACCUUUGUUGGUCCAAGUUGGCAAGUUUACAGAGAGUGUACAUCAAAAUUUCUAGGAAAGAGUAGAUGUUUACGAGAAUUGGAGGACAUAUGUACCAAGAAGCCAGUUCGGACUGUGAAAUUACUUCGCCUUACUUUAGGUGCAAUAGCGCCGCUUUUAGAAGCUGAUCCGCGUCUAAAAAUAAUCCAUUUAUUUCGCGACCCGAGGGCAAUAAUACAUUCGAGGAAAUAUUCUAGGUACUAUCCAUUAAGUGACGAUGAAUCGAGCGAUAAUUUACAAAAGAAUUUAUGCAAUAAAAUGAUGCAAGAUUAUUUGGAAGGUCAGAAUCUAGCAAAGAACUUUCCGAACAGAAUAAUUUUUGUAUUUUAUGAAGAUUUGCUAGCAAAUUUAAACACCAGAUUAUCCGUGUUGAUGCGCUUGCUCCGUAUCAAUUACAAUGCUGAGAUAGUCAAAGAAUUGACUGAAAUUAAGUCUAAUCUCGCUCCUCCAGAAAUGGGGAUCGACUUUGUAAAAGAUCGGAUGUCAAAUAAUGCCAUGUGGUGGAGGUUAUAUAUAGACUGGGAACUCGUUAAAAGAACUGAUACCGUUUGUGAACAAAUAUACGACGUUCUUGGUUACAGGAGAAUUCCAUUACAGGACAUGUUGCAAGAUCUAAACUAUAGCACGUUUGUUCUCCAAAAGGAAUUUGCUCUUGAGAGGCAGUCGAAUAUUUCCGAUGAUCUAACCUGAUAAUGAUAUCUUACAACAAUGUCGUUAGAUAAAACCGAAAUUAAAAUGAGUGUCUGACGAGUUCUCUAGAUCUUGGUUUCAAUUCAAGCUAAUGCACAGAGGACAGGAACUAAAACAAUCAAUGCUUGGCGGCAUUCCGUAGUUGCAAGAUAGUAGACCGUGUCUCAUCACGAGAUGAAUGCCAUAGAAACACCAAUAGCAUAGAUUGUCAUUGAUAUAGAGAACCUUAUUGCAAAUCGAGAAGAUACUCAUGCACAUUAAUUCAACCAUAUCAUAAUACAUAUUUUUGAAUUACACGGGAUUUAUGUUUGAACUGUAUCGAGUUUAACUAAUGCUACAGAGACUGAAACAAUGCAUAUGGGCCGUGCUCUGUAGAAAGGGAGUUUAACGCAUGUGCGUAAAGCGUCGUCCCAGAUUAGCCUGUGCAGUCCGCACAGGCUAAUUAGGGACGACACUUUCCGCCUAAACUGGAUUUUUGCUAAGAAGAAGAUACUUUCUUGAAACGAAAAAUAUCAUAAAAGCGGAAAGUUUCGUAACUGAUUAGCCUGUGCGGACUGCACAGUCUAAUCUGGGACGACACUCGACGUACAUGCAUUAAACCCAUUUUUCGAAGAGCACGGUCCAUAUGAUUUAAUUGUCAUACAAGCAUAGGGUUCUGUUGACAAUUAUCUUAAAUUUGAUGAUAGUGUUUUAUGUGCAAUAAAUGUUUGUCUGA